ACCUGGGUAACAUCAGGUGUUAGAUAACCCGGCGGACUGAUAAGACUGGUGUAUAUAAACAGCUGUCAGGAACACGGGAAUCCCAGAUACAAGGCUGACCGGCAAUAUGAAGGUCCUGCUGUUUCUGGCGGUGUGUCUGUGGUCGGCAGAUGCUGCACUCCGACGCGUGUGUUACCAUACCAACUGGUCUCAGUACCGAUCUUCUCCCGCCAAAUUCAAGCCCGCCAAUAUCGACCCUCAUCUCUGUACACACGUGAUAUACGCGUUCGCCACACUCAAUGGAAACAACCUGAAGCCUUUUGAAUGGAACGACGAUUCGACAAGCUGGCAAAAAGGGCUGUACGAGGACUUCACGGACCUAAAGAAAGUAAACCCUGCCUUGAAGACUUUACUGGCUGUUGGCGGUUGGAACAUGGGCUCUGCCAAAUUCACGGCCAUGGUGAACUCGGACGCCAGUCGCAGGGAGUUCGUCACUUCUACCAUCCAGUACCUGAGAAAGAGGAACUUUGACGGCAUCGACCUUGACUGGGAAUAUCCCGGUUCUAGGGGAAGUCCGGCAGGCGACAAGCAGCGAUUUGUAACCUUACUGAGGGAACUUCAUGAAGCAUUUGUUCAGGAGGCAGCCACUUCCGGUAAACCUCGUCUGAUGCUCUCUGCCGCAGUUCCAGCAGGAAAGGAUAAGAUAGAGAACGGCUAUGACAUUCCUCAGAUCUCCAAGUACCUUGACUUGAUCAAUCUGAUGACUUACGACCUGCACGGCACGUGGGAGGACCACACGGGUCUGAACAGUCCGAUGUUCAGACGUAAAGACGAGACGGGUGAUGAUGUCUACCUCAAUGUUGACUGGGCGGCUCGUUACUGGGCCUCUCAUGGUGCACCUAAGGACAAGCUAAACAUCGGGAUGCCGCUUUACGGUCAUGCAUUUACUCUGCAAGACACAUCCGCCGUCGCCCCCGGGCAAGGGAAGGCCACCAAAGGACAGGCUGGCCAAUAUACCAGGGAGGCUGGGUUUUUGGCCUAUUACGAGAUUUGCCAGAUGCUGAAAACCGGUGGGAAGAGGUACUGGGACAACGAACAGCUGUCCCCAUACCUGGUUAAGGGCAAUCAGUGGGUUGGUUAUGACGAUCCACAGAGUCUGAAGAUCAAGGUGGACUACGUAAAGAAGAACAAUUUUGGUGGGAUUAUGGUUUGGGCGCUACCUUUGGAUGAUUUUGGCGGCUUGUGUGACGGCCACACAAAGUACCCCUUGAUGAAAUCUAUCAUCACCGCCCUCGGAAGCAGCUCACCCAUCGUCCUACCAACUCAGGCCCCACUGCCCACCCAGAGGCCAACACAGCCCUCAGGUUCAGGGGCGAUAACUCCUAGUCAACCAAGCACUUCCACCUUUACAUGCACUGGACGACAGAAUGGAUUUUACAUAGAUCAGAGGAGUUGCAGUGCUUACUUCAUCUGUGCAUCCGGUUUGAAAUUCGCCAUGCAGUGCAAGAACGGACUUCUGUUUAACCCUGACAGACAGACUUGUGUGUACAGUCAUCUGGUCCAGUGUGGAGGUCGACCUAUAGGGAAUGUAAUAGAGAGCAGCACCCCUGUGCCGACCCACGGGUCAUGGACACCAGCCCCCACCAGGGCUCCCACGCACACGAACAACGGAUCCGGGUUCUGCUCUGACAAGGCUAACGGACUCUUCGGCGAUCCACAGAAUUGUCUUCGCUUCUACAACUGUGCCGAGCGCCUGACCUUCCACGAGAAGUGUCCACCAGGGACAGCCUGGGACUCUACCAUGAAGGCGUGUAACUUCAGAUAUAAGGUAGGGACAGAGCAUUCAGAAUCUCUGGCGAUCCUCAUUGUGAUCAACCACAUAGACGGCGCUGUUAUCCCUAUGUACAUAUCUAUCCCGUACAAGGCUCGAACAGACGGCAAACUUCGCAGCCUUCAGCAGAACGCGGCUUGUCUUAGCCUUACAGAAUCUUCUGGUGCUCUACAUAAACCCAAGCUGUUCUUAGCCUUCCCUCACUCUGCUGGCGACGACAUGGCGAAUCGAAUGGUCUGCUUACUUCUGCUACUGGUGGUUAACAUCAGCAUAGUGUUUGGGCGCCAUGUUGUGUGCUACUAUUCGAACUGGGCACAGCAUCGGAGAGGAACUGGCACAUUUGUCCCAGAAAACAUUGAUCCAAAACUCUGCACACAUAUCAUUUUCGCUUUCGCUGGUUUAGUUGGAAACAAACUAUCGCCGACGGAAUGGAAUGACGCCACGCCAGGCGGAAUGUAUUCAAGGAUUAACGAUUUAAAGAAAAUCAACCCGAAUCUGAAAACGCUGCUGGCUGUGGGAGGCUGGGGCCUGGGCGUGUCUGUUUUCACACAGAUGGUCGCCUCCUCAUCAUCCAGAGCGACUUUCGUAGCCGACACAAUCACCUACCUUAGGAGGUUCAACUUUGACGGUUUAGACCUGGAUUGGGAGUACCCCGCGGCGAGAGGAAGCCCUUCCGUGGAUAAGAAGAGAUUCACACAACUCGUCAUGGAACUCAGGAAAGCUUUUCGGAGUGAAUCUCUUAGAACAAGGCAGAACGAAUUGUUGUUAACUGCGGCCGUACCGGCCAGCAAAUCCAUCGUGGAUCAAGGCUACGAGGUGCGGGAGAUUUCGAGAGACCUGGAUUUUAUCAACUUAAUGAGUUAUGAUCUGCAUGGAUCAUGGGAAGUGACCACAGGCCACAACAGCCCACUGUACCCCAGGAGUAGUGAAUUCGGGGCUAAUCGUCAGCUAAAUGUGCAAUGGGCAGCAAACAACUGGGUGGCCUUGGGUACUCCUCGGUCAAAGUUAGUGGUGGGAAUGGGCAUGUACGGUCGAGGCUUCCGACUAGCCUCGGCCUCCAAUAACGGUAUGGGUGCCCCAGCAGUGGGAGCCGGGAGUCCCGGUCCCUUGACACAGUCAGCCGGAUUCAUGGCUUACUACGAGGUGUGCAGCUUCCUUCGUAACGGCUGGACACGCUACUGGCAUAACGAACACAAAGUUCCCUAUGCUGUUCAGGGCAGGGAAUGGGUAGGGUACGACGACGUGGAGAGUAUAACUAUCAAGACUCAGUGGAUCAAGAGUCAAGGUUUUGCUGGUGGGAUGAUCUGGGCUAUUGAUGAAGACGAUUUUAGUAAUGAGUGUGGUGGCGGGAGGUACCCUCUGCUGACCACCAUCAACCGCCAGUUGAACACGUACACGCCCCCACGGCCACCACCCACCACUACCGCCAGAACUACGACCGUAGCCAAAGUGACGCCUAGGAGGUGUAUGUGGUGGUGCUCCAAGAGCACAGUGGCGCGAACCACACGUCCCACGACUCGCCCCACCACCCGCCGUGUAGUCAACCCAACUAAGCGGCCCACAAGCGUGGCGUUCCGGUGCCCACGCGCCAUCAAUGGUCAGUAUCCGGACCCGAAUGACUGCUCCGUGUUCCAUAUCUGCGUCAAUGGUCGCGACUUCCGGCUCAGCUGUGCCAAUCGGUUGUUGUACAAUCCCAGCUUGAAGGUGUGUGACUAUCCUAACAAAGUGAACUGCUAGCCUACUACCUAAGGAGGACUUAAGCUGGAGACUUUUGGGCGGAGCUGGUUGAAAAAAGGACUUUGCCGUCUGACAUUUAGUUGGCGGUACAAAUCAACCCAGUGAUGAUAUACGCUUAUAUCAGGAGAAACAAGUGCCAGGAUAAUCGCAUUGGUUUCCAAACACGUUUCUGCGAUUUGGGUCUAUACUGUGUAUGGGUAAAAUAAAUGGCGAGUGUCUCCAGAUCGAGUGUCAAAGCGUCUUUGGUGAAACCAUAUGGAUGGUUAACUUGUCUUUUGUUGCAACAGGUUUUCUAUUACAAUAAGUAUUAAGCUA